UUUAUCUUGGCUUGUGACUCAGUUGUGCGUUGCUGUAAAGUCCUUCUGGAAGGCAUGCCUCUGCCUCUAACAAGCCCGGCUCUCUGAGCUCUGAAGAGAGACCCCAGUGAGAGAAGCCAGCCCCCUCCUCCCCCUUUUAACAGCACGCAGCCAGUCUCUUGUGUGAGCCCUGGCAAAGAUCAGUUCAGUCUCCCUGGCUAUGGCUCCUGCUCAGGCCCAAAUCAUCCAUGCUGGGCAGGCGUGCGUGGUGAAAGAGGACAACAUCAGCGAGCGUGUUUACACGAUUCGGGAGGGGGACACGCUGGUCCUGCAGUGUCUGGUCACAGGACACCCCCGGCCACAGGUGAGAUGGACCAAAACUGCUGGCAGCGCAUCGGACAAAUUCCAAGAGACGUCAGUGCUUAACGAGACCCUGCGGAUUGAGAAGAUCCAAAGGCUGCAGGGGGGCCGCUAUUACUGUAAAGCAGAAAAUGGGGUUGGGGUCCCAGCCAUCAAGUCCAUUCGAGUAGAUGUGCAGUAUCUAGAUGAACCUGUCCUCACCGUUCACCAGACCAUCAGCGAUGUACGUGGCAGCUUCUACCAGGAGAAGACUGUCUUCCUCCGUUGCACUGUCAACUCCAACCCGCCAGCUCGCUUCAUAUGGAAACGGGGAGCUGAGACGCUUUCCCACAGUCAGGACAAUGGCGUGGACAUCUAUGAACCCCUUUACACACAGGGUGAAACCAAAGUCCUGAAGCUGAAGAACCUGAGGCCCCAGGACUACGCCAGCUACACGUGCCAGGUGUCCGUCCGCAAUGUCUGCAGUAUCCCUGACAAGUCCAUCACCUUCCAGCUCACAAAUACCACAGCCCCACCUGCUCUGAAACUGUCGGUCAAUGAGACGUUGGUGGUCAACCCCGGUGACAACAUCACUAUGCAGUGUUCUCUGACCGGCGGUGACCCACAGCCAGAGGUGGUUUGGUCUCACUCUCCCGGCCCAAUGCCUCCCAGCAGCCUCGUGCAAGGAGGCAACCUCACCAUCUGGAGGAUCCGUGUAGAGGACUCAGGCUACUACAACUGCACAGCCGUCAACAACGUGGGGAACCCAGCCAAGAAGACAGUGAACCUGCUGGUGCGGUCCAUGAAGAAUGCCACGUUCCAAAUCACCCCUGAUGUGAUCAAAGAGAGUGAGACCAUCCAGUUAGGGCAGGACUUGAAACUCUCAUGCCACGUGGAUGCUGUCCCCCAGGAGAAGGUUGUCUACUCCUGGUACAAGAAUGGGAAGCCAGCCAGGUUCUCAGACCGGUUGCUCAUCACCAGGAAUGACCCCGAGCUCCCACCUGUGACCUGCAGCUUGGAGAUUAUUGACCUGAGGUUCAGUGACUACGGCACCUACCUGUGUGUGGCCACCUUCCAGGGAGCACCCAUUCCUGACCUCAGCGUGGAGGUGAACAUCUCCUCAGAGACAGUGCCGCCAACCAUCAGUGUCCCCAAAGGUCAGUCCACCAUCACCGUCCGGGAGGGCUCCAGGGCUGAGCUGCAGUGCGAGGUGCGAGGGAAGCCCAAGCCACCCAUCAUCUGGUCCCGGGUAGAUAAGGAAACCCCCAUGCCUUCAGGGACAAUGACGGCGGAGACAUAUGAUGGGAAGCUGCGCCUGGAGAGUGUGAGCCGAGAGAUGAGUGGGACCUAUAAGUGUCAGACAGCCAGGUACAAUGGCUUUAACAUCAGACCCCGGGAAGCCCUGGUGCAGCUCAACGUGCAGUUCCCGCCGGUGGUGGAGCCAGCCUUCCAGGACGUGCGCCAGGGCGUGGGGCGCAGCGUCACCCUGCGCUGCACCAUGCUGAAGGGCAGCCCCAUGAAGGUGGCCACCUCUGUCUGGCGUUUCAACGGGACCCUCCUGGCGCAGCCCCCGGCAGAGCAGCAGGAUUACUCCGAGCUGAAGGUGGACAGCGUGAGCCGGGAGACCAGCGGGAACUACGAGUGCAGCAUUUCCAACGACGUGGGGGUGUCCGCCUGCCUCUUCCAGGUGUCUGCAAAAGCUUACAGCCCAGAGUUUUACUAUGAUACUCCCAACCCCACCUUGAGCCAGAAGCAAUCCAAGAAUUACUCUUACAUCUUGCAGUGGACACAGAAGGAGCCUGAUGCUGUGGAUCCCAUCCUCAAGUAUCGCCUGGAAGUCAGGCAGCUGGCUCAGAGAAGCACCACCCAAACCUUCAUUCCUGUGCAGAAGAUGGAGAAGGGCCUGCUGCUGGAGCACAUCUUGCCCAACCUGAAAGUGCCUCAGAGCUACGAAGUUCGCCUGACGCCCAUCACCAGCUUCGGGGCUGGGGACAUGGCUGCCCGCAUCAUCCGGUACAUGGAACCAAUCAACUAUCCCAACCCAACAGAUAACACCUGCCGCUUCGAGGACGAGAAGAUCUGUGGCUUCGUGCAGGACAAGAUGGACAACUUCGACUGGACGCGGCAGAACGCCCUGACCCAGAACCCCAAGCGCACCGUCAACACGGGGCCCCCCACGGACAUCAGCGGUACGCCGGAGGGUUAUUACAUGUUCAUCGAGGCAUCUCGGCCCAGGGUGACAGGAGACAAAGCCCGGCUGAUCAGCCCCGUCUACAACAUCACGGCCAAGUACUACUGUGUCUCCUUCUACUACCACAUGUACGGCAAGCACAUCGGCUCCUUGAAUCUGCUGGUUCGUGUGCGGAACAAGCGGGCCAUCGACACCCAGGUGUGGUCACUCAGCGGGAACCGGGGGAACAUGUGGCAGCAAGCACACGUGCCCAUCAACCCACCAGGACCUUUCCAGAUCAUCUUUGAAGGUGUCCGGGGCACGAGCUACGAGGGGGACAUUGCCAUCGACGAUGUCACUCUGAAAAAGGGGGACUGUCCGAGGAAGCCAAUUGGACCAAAUAAGGCGGUUGCUCUUCCAGGAAGCGGUGUCCCAGCCCUGCACAGCCCUUGUCUUUGUGGCCCAUUGACUUUCUUCCUUUACGUGCUGCUCAGAUGAUGGCAAGCGAGCGCUCCUGUCUUCGGACCGAGACAUUCCUGCUCCUUUCCUACUCAGCCACCUCUGCUCCUCUUCCUCCCCUCCUCACUGGCACACCAAAGUGUCCAUACGUUACCAAAGACUGACAGGCAUGACCACGCAAAGGGAUCUGGUUCAGAACUGGAGCAUUCCUUGAGAAAGUCGUAAUGUCUAAAACAAAAUUAAAAAAAUAAAGACAAGUUUUUUUUAAAAAAAAAGCACGUGCACAAGAGAGUGAGAGAAAGAGAGGAAGGAAGGAAAGAAACAGAAAAACAGGAAAGAAGGAACAAAAGACAAAAAAUAGGAAUGAAGAAAUGUGAAGAGCAAAAGGAGGAAAAAACCACCCCCAUGUUUCCUUGGGAAUGUCGGACAGGGCUUCCUCAGGGAAGUGGGAACUUGUUUUAAACAAACAAACAAACAAAAAAUAUAUUAAAGCACAAAUUUCUACCAGAACAGUUACCUUCUUUACUGCAGAGCCCACGGCUUCGUGGACGACACACCGCAGUGCUCCCCUCGCCGCCCCGUGCUCCCCUGCUGGCUGGGGCUGCCCUGCAGCAUCGCAGCGGCAGCCCCACAUGCCAGCGGCCGGAGCACCUUGCCUCCUCCGCAUGUGCUUCAGUGUCUCCAUCCACCCACAUCCUCCAGGCUCCCAUGUAUUUAAUUGCCCCCCGUGUGGUUUGCUUUGGCUCAUGCUGCCAUCCUUUCCCCACCUCUCUGUGCUCCUCGCCCGGCAGCCUGAAGAAGACGGAGCAGGAACGGACCCACCCCAUGGACCGCGCUGAGGGGUGGAGGAGGCCCGGCUGGAUCCGGCCGUGGUGCUGGCCUCAGCCUCUUUCUCUCUCUCAGCACCUCUGGCUGGGUGGAGAAGCUGUGAGAGCAGAUCAGCCGCUGGAAAGCGACGGAGCUAAUACGUUUCAUUUGAUGCGAAGUUAAGUAAUUCGGAAUGCCUGAGCACAGCUCUUCCCGGCCGUACGGGAGCACAAAGAUGUUUCAUCUCCGUGACAAAUCUCAGCGCGGCACGUAGCGUGUGAAUGGCUCGGGAGCUCCUGAGCUGCACGGGCGGGCACGGCAUGCUUGUGGGUCUGCCCCGCAGCGACAGGGAGCCCCAAUUCUGGGAGGUGGUUUUGUUCUGGAAGGAGGGGCCCCUGGUGUGUAACAUCCCAGGACAAGAAGACUCUCUGAGAGUUUGCUGGAGGUGACCUGUUGCUCUCCUCAAGCUUUGCUGUUUGUCCUCUUCUGCUCCCCAGCCCUAGCUUCUCAGUGCGUUGGUGUAGCUGGUGGCAUCAGCUCUGGGUAAAGUAGCCUAGUGCCAGUGCUUUCAAGUAGAUGAUCUUGGCCUGUUUUCAUGGCUCUUGGGAUCGUCUAGAUUUACCCUCUGACCCCAGAGGGCUCCACAACAUGCAUUCAUCUCUCAGGACAUUCCCAAAAAGCUGGGGAUGCUACAGAUACUUGGCUCUUCUUUGUGCUUUUGGUCACAGCCCUUGCCAAACAGCAUGGAGACCGUCUCCAGUGUCUAGAUGGGGUGGAAGAUUUGGUGCCAGGAAGGUUUCACUUGGGCCUUUUUCCCAGCCAGAACCAUCCUGCCUGUAUCACAAUGCACAUAGAGGAGGAAAGGGGCUGUCACGCAGUAUGCGACUGUCUCACAAGGCAGCAGCCGUGGCCAGAGGUGAGCAUCAGGCAGCGCUUCCCACAGUCUUCCCCACUCCAUCUUCCCCACUCCAUCUGCCCCGAUCUCACCCUCACCAGGCAUUUCAUUUCCAGCCUGGAGAGACUAGCAGCAGAUCAUCCCUGGAUCCCAUAGAUGGGGAUCACACCAAAAUCCCGUCCUCAGCUUGCAAGGGGCAGGGAGAACCAGCUCAGGCCCAACAGUGAACCACUUCAGUGGGAUCCAGAGCCAGCAAGAUGCCACCACCCUCAUGCUUCCAGGUUGUCAAGGCCAGUAGAAAGUACGUGUUGACCUGGCAGAAACACUCAGAAACACCUCCUCCCCCCCAAAAAAAGGAGCUGCGCACAGACUCUGUGUAUUUUGGGACACCACGGAGAAAGGGGGGGGUCCUCUGCUGUCACUUGUUUCUUUUCACAUCGGCAUCCUGGGUGGGGACCCUGGGACAGAGCCCACCCACCUCCUCAUCACCACUGCGUCUUGUCCCGCCCUGCUCCACAUCUCGUAGGGUGCUGCCUCUGCCGCUGAGCAGAGCUGGGGCCCUCUCACCGCCACGAUACCGAGACGUCCGCAACGUUCAAAGCACAAAGCACAAAGGGACUGAACCGAACCUUUUAAACAGGGUGAGAUGUUUUAUAAGCGUUGCCUCGUCCACCCCCCCACCCUGACGCACCCGCCGUGUAACCUAUAGAUUCCCAGCGUGGAUUGUUUCAUUCAAAUAAAGCUGCAGUACCC